GAUGGAGCGUGCGGAAGGCACGCGCGCAGACAUACGGCACGGCAGGCGAGGACGAGAGCAAGAUGGCUAACUGUCAGACUGGAUCCUCCCGUUGGCGCGGCGGCAAGUGAGCGGCGAUCGAGUGUGGUGGAUUUUCCUUCGACACAGUGUAUUGUCGGUGUUGCGCGCGUGUACGCUACACACGUCAUCGUCGUCGAGCUCUGGAGACGCGAGUCGUACGCGAAAAUUCGCCAAACGUCAUCGCGCAUCGCCGAUAGACACACACGAGGGAUCGAGGGAUCGAUAUCACGCCGACGAUACUGGUCGCUUCCCGGAGCGCUUCCCCGCGAUGACGAUGACUUUUCUCGUCGCGAGUGCGACGGACUAAAUCGGGCGAGAACGGAUCUCCCGAGAUUCGGGAAUAGAUGGCGGACGACGACUCGACGAGAAAUCGGCUGGUGGUCGAGAAAUCGGCGCGCGGAUGACCCGAGUUUGGAUACAUCGACGCGUAGAUUUAUUUAUUACGUUCGUUCGAAAAACAUAGUCUUCCUUCCCCUCCCUUCUCCCCCCUUCUCCGUUUCUCUCUCUCUCUCUCUCGUUGUCCCAUGUGUGUCGCGCUCGGUUGCUCGGUCAGUCAGUCGGGUCUCUGUGUGUGUGCGCAUCGACGAAAUCCAUCUCUCUCUCUCUCUCUCUCUCUCUUCAUCUCUCUCCGACUCCCUAUAUAUCCUUCGCUAAACGCGCACUCGUUCGCGCGGGAGAAGUGAUGCAUGAGGAAAUCUCUUGGAUGAUACGUCCCGCGAUACAUGUGUUGGGAUGUAGACGAAGGCGAGAACGGGAGGAGGAGGCGAUACCUGCCCCGCUUCGUACCUGGUCGCUGGCGGACGAGGACGAGCGCCCGUAUUGGUAGACGGUAAUCGCACAACUCGCACUCUAUCUCUCUCUCUCUUGCUCAACAUCCACGGAGAACCAUGGCUUCUGGUGCAUCCUCCUUGGACAGUGCUGGAAGUAGCGAUGGUGCACUUAACAUGGAGGGGGAUAGCGGAAGUUAUGGCAGUGUUGGAAGUCCGGUCCGUGGCUCCGAGUGUCGUAGUGCGGAAUUUGACGGUUUACAGGCUCAAUGUGAUCAAGCGAUGCAUCAGCUUCAGCUGCUUAGGCAUAAGCACUCCGAUACCAUAAGACGGUGUGAGCAUACUAUGAAGGAAUUGGAGUAUUAUCGCGGGCAACAUAUAGCAGUCAUGAAUCAACUGGAAGCGACAUCCCAAGAGAGCUCCGCGUUACGGGCGAAAUAUAGUGAUCUCGCAAACGAUAAGCAACGACUUGACCGGGAGGUGCAGACCCUGCAGAAGGAACUGUCGGAAUUGCAGCGCAUACAGAACCAAGAUGUUCUCGUCGCCGAUGCCGCGAGCAACGAUGCUAUGAAUCAACAUUAUCUGUCUGCGUUACGAAAAUACGAAGCGGUUAAGGACGAAUACGAUUCCCUCAGAAAACGGUACGACGACUUGAUUGCGUCGCAUUCCUCUGCAGUUAAUAAGGCAAAGUUAUCGCAAGAGGAAGCUAAGAGGCUCAAGAAACAAUACGACAGCGUCUUGGAGGAGCGUAAUAGUGCGAUUCGCGAGCGUAACGGUUUGAAGCAGCAGUGCACCGCCGCGAUUCGUCAGUGGGACAUUGCCUUAAGAGAAAGAAACGAGUAUCGCGAAGCGCUCGCCAAGGUGCAGCAGCAGCACGAAGAAGCGGUAAAGGAGAUUAACCAGGCGAUGGUGCUGCGCAUGAAAGCCAGCAAGGAUAUGAAACGUCUUACUGAGGAACGAAACGCUGCCUUGCAGGAAUACAGUCUAAUUAUGGGAGAACGGGACACGGUGCACAAGGAGAUCGAAAAGUUGGGUGACGAUCUCACGCAAGCGUACACAAAAAUCACGCAUCUGGAAACGCAGAAUAAGCAGCUCAUGGAAGAAAAGAAAACGCUAUCUUAUCAAAUCGAGACGUUGAAGAGAGAGAUUGCGUCCGCCUUGCAAGAUAGGGACGAAGCUCUGAAGUUGUGCAAUGAGUUACAGCAGAAAUUCGGCGAACGCGAUUAUACCGGCGAAGGUUCCAACAGAGACUACAAACAUUGUUUGGAAUUGAACCCGUUUAGUCGCGAACGCGACAGUGUCAACAAAGAAGCGGAGAAGGAGACAAACACGAGGGAUUAUUCGACGCAUAAGCAGCGCAUGGACAAUUUGGAGCAGGCUAACUUGGAAUUGGAUAAACUCAGAAAGACUGUGGAUACGCUACAGGUGGAGCUCGAGGAGGCCAUUCAAGAGGCCGAAGUAUCGAAAAGAAGGAGGGAUUGGGCCUUCAGUGAGCGCGACAAGAUAGUGCUAGAGCGAGAGAACAUAAGAGGUUUGUGUGACAGAUUGCGAAAGGAACGCGAUCGUGCUGUUUCCGAACUAGCUGGCGCUCUGCGCGACUCCGAUGACAUCAAGAAGCAACGAAACGAGGCAUCAAAGGAGUUGAAGGAUUUGAAGGAGAAGAUCGAAUUUAGCGAUCAUGCUCUACGAACGAGCCAGUUGGCGCAGAUAGAUGAGAGUAAUGAUUGGGAGAUGAUUCCGAUCCACGUGGAGCCCGGUAGAAUCUGCUUAGAUUCGGAUCGCGACGAUCUCGGAUUGAUCCUCGUCGGUGGCCGCGAUAGUCCGUAUUAUCCAAACGACACCGGUGUUUAUGUCGCACAAGUGGCACAGGGUAGCGCCUUUGACGGUAAGCUACGACUAAACGAUUGCAUCGUGCGAGUGAACAACGUUGACUGCACAUCCGUGUCGACGCGUGUAAUCCUGGAGACUUUACGUUCGUCUACCAUGAAUCCGGCGACUCUGAUCGUGAAGCGGCGCCGGAUGACCAGACGGCCGUUGAGAACUACGCAGUUGUCGAUCGGCACAGUGCCACACGGCAUUACUUUAGAACUCGGAAUUUACAUCUCGAAGAUAUCACCCGGCAGUUUGGCCGCCAAGGAUGGAAACCUCGCCGUAGGAGAUAGAGUUUUAAACAUUAAUAGUAAACCGAUGGACACUGUUACUACGGCACACGAAGCAAUGGCAAUUUUAAACGACGAUACCGUAGAUGUGUUGACAAUCACGACAUUGAAGGGUAUUUCGAUACCCUCUGCCGCCAGCUCAGAAACAAUAGACGGCAGUUUUGCGGAGAAGCAAAAGAUGGUAAACAGUUGCUCGCAAACCGAGCAAGAAAGAAUGAUGUUGAAAGCUUCGUCAGACGACUAUGAGAGGCGAUAUUUGUCGAAUUUUGCCGAUCGAAACGUUUAUAAAGCCACAAAAUCCGUGAGCGGCGAAAAGUCGAGCGGCAUCAGCAACGCUUGGGACAACUUCCGUGAGAAGAUUGACAUAGUACGAGGACGCAAGCAUAGUAAGGAGCGCGACGACAACAACAAGAAGAAGGGCCAUCGCAAUUCUAGUCCAAAUACGUUCGAGCAGGAGCAGGACGCGAUAGCGGAGCUUGAUUCGGUGAUCGAUAGCUAUCACAAGAAAGCGAGCAACAGUAACAAUAACGGCGUACUGAAACGCAGCAAGCGACGCGGCACAGAGAAGGUUGAGAAGAACGGCGGCACGUGGCCGAAGGCGCGUGGCGUGCCCCUCAUACAGAAUGGGACCGGUACUAUAUUGCACCCACGCAAAUCGAAAGAGCGUUUUCCCCUCAGUGCAUUCUUACCGAAAUACGAUAAUUAUAAUUAUAAUCGUAUCUCCAAUCCUAUUUCCCUCACCAACUUUUCCAAUGUCAAUAAUCGUCAUACCGUUUACAAAGCAGUGGAGACGCCGCUACCGACCUUCACCAAGACCGGACAGCAGCUCUUUAAUCAGAAGUCGCCACCGUUUACACCGGCGGUGCAGUUCAAGGACAUCCCGAUCGACGGCGGCAGCAAAAAGCGACCGUCGACGGAAUUCGAGAGCAGCGCGUCGGAGACUGGACGACUCGGUUCCGCGCUGGCGCCGUCCGAGACUAGCAUCGACUUCUCGGUCAAGUCCGGCGGCGUCGGCCGCGAUCUCGACUCGUACUUCGCGAACAAACGUUCGCAGAAGUAUACGGCUGGCGGCGGCAGCAGCAGCGACACGCAAGUGACAACGGAUACGCUGCAGCACAAUCGCGUGCACUCGCAGCUUUAUUCAUCGGGUAUUGGCGGCUCCUCUACGUCCGCUGCGUCGACCACCAGCGGUCCGGCGUCGCGCCAACAAAUGGCACCCGGUAAUUUUCCGUUUCCCCCGUAUCAUCCGUACGCCACAUCGUCGCACUCCCAUCCGCAUUCUACGCAGCACCAGAAUCACUCCUUACCCUUGCGCUAUCCAUCGCCGCCUUCGCUGCCAUCCGCGCAAUCCGGCGAAUCGAUAGGCCUGCCUGACGCACGUACCUACUGUUUCGAACCCCCGUACAGUCCCGGACCGGGUUUGCAGAACACAGUGACCCCGGUGACUACCUUCGGCCAUCUGCACACUCCCUCUGUAGAUCUGCACUAUCACAAACCGCGCGCAUUGACGCUCGGUAUACCCUGCGACACUCCCACUCACGGACACGGAUACGAAGGCGGUACUUUGCCGAGUCGAAAGGAGGACCAGCGCAUCCGGAUACCGUCCAACACCAGCGUCACGUCCAAGAGCAGCGUCGGCAAAUUGUCCACCGGUAGUAUAGAGAGAACGUCGGAGCGAGGCAGUCCGAUGCCAACAUUCCACGUAGAAGUGUUGAGCCCGGGCACUAGCAGCACCAGUGGAACCGAGAGUAGCAGUGGUACUGUGAGAGGAAACAAUCAGCAUAAACGCGCCAGUAUGCCGGAUUAUUCUUGCUCGCAAUCGGGUCCAGCGCCCGGUGAGCUACGCAGAGUGCACAUAGACAAGUCCGUGGAACCGCUGGGCAUUCAGAUCUCGUGUCUGAAUAGUGGCGGUGUGUUUGUCUCCACCGUAUAUGAGCACAGCCUGGCAGAACAGGUCGGUCUGCAGAUUGGCGACCAGUUGCUAGAGGUUUGCGGCAUCAAUAUGCGGAGCGCAACCUAUCAGUUGGCCGCCAACGUUCUACGUCAAUGUGGUAAUUCGAUUACAAUGCUGGUGCAGUAUAGUCCGGACAGAUAUUUUUCUGCUUUGGCUUUCACGUUAUUCGGAAUACGUGUCUCAUAUAAACGGCAUUUUUAUUUGCAAGAAUACACCGAAUUAGAGGCGGGUUCGUCCUCGAGUUCGUCGGAAGCCGCCGACGGAGCCGCGCCCGGAACUCGCAGCGGUUCACCGACACCGUGUAACAGUCCGGAAGCGCCGCGAAAGAGCGUGAUGGAAACGUUGGAGCCUGAGGUACCGGAACGCGACACUACUACUAUUACCAUCACCACCACUGCCGCAGCCGCCACAGCCACCGCCGUCACUACCGCUGCGCCCGUCAUGAGUUCACUACGCGUCGAGCGGGACAUGCGACCGUCCGCCUCAUUGGAAGUGAGGGGCACGCAAGAACGACAACGUGAGAUGCGACCGUCCGCAUCGCUGGACAUCAACAUUCGCAAGCCGGAACUACGCAGUGCCGCCACUCUGGAUCGAUUGAGCCGCGCGCAGUUGCAGCGGCAAACCGCGAUGAGAAGUCCCACGCAGGAGGAGCUGAACCGGAAACCGCCACCGCCGAGCGGCGAGCCUAGAUAUCUGCUGAUCGAAACCAGAAAAUGCUCGAAUCUCGGUAUAUCGCUAGUGGGCGGAAAUGGCGUCGGUAUCUUCGUGCAUUCCGUUCAACCGGGUUGUCUUGCCGAGGAGGCCGGUCUAUUUACCGGCGAUAGAAUCCUGGAGUACAACGGCGUGGAUCUGAGACAAGCGACCGCUGAGCAAGCCGCCCUCGAGUUGGCUCGACCGGCAGAUAAGGUGACGAUGGUCGCCCAGUACAUGCCCGAGCGAUAUAACGAGGUGAAAGACAAACCGGGCGAUAGUUUCUACGUAAAGGCAUUGUUUGACCGAACCGGUGAGGUGGGCGAUAGCCUGCAGCUGCGUUUCAACAAGGAUGACAUUCUGUAUGUGGAUAAUACUAUGUUUAACGGCACGCCGGGCCAUUGGCGUGCUUGGAUAGUCGAUCAGACUGGCCGUAGACAAACUUGCGGGAUAAUCCCCAGCAAAUUUAAAGUUGAAGAAGAGUUGCUUUUACGGCGCUCUCUGGGCGAUUUAGAACAGGAUGCUGGCAAACGUAGUAACACAAGCGCAAGGCGAAGCUUCUUUCGACGGAAGAAGCAGCAACCACGUUCGUCCAGCAGUAGAGACAGCACUAAAGAACUGUCGUCACAUCUCACCGGAGUCAACUUGGGAUGGUACAGCGAUAGCGGCACGUUGAACGAAGAUACUCUUCCGGCUAGUUAUCAGCGCGUUGAGAGGCUUGAUUAUCCCACCUUGAGACCUGUGCUGAUAAUCGGCCCACUUAGCGAAUGUGUAGUAACGAAACUUCUGCAGGAUUAUCCGGGACAGUUUACUAGAUGUCUAGCGGAAGCAAUGCAUUGUUCACAGUCGACUUUGGAGCAAGGCUUGCGCGAUUCGCUCUACAUAGAUUACAGGAAAAAAGGCAGCUAUUUUGAAUGCACGACUGUACAAGCUGUUAAAGAUAUAUGCGAGAAGAAUACACACUGUAUUUUGGAUGUGUCGAUGGCUUCUAUCGAGAGGCUUCACAGACAUCAAAUUUAUCCUAUCGUUUUGUUGAUAAAAUUCAAGGAUAGAACGCAAAUUAAAGAGGUAAAAGAUUCCAGAUAUCCGAGUGACAAAAUCAGUACAAAAGCCGCGAAGGAGAUGUUUGAGCAAGCGCUCAAGAUAGAAGCAGAAUAUAAACACUACAUCUCUGCCGUCAUUCCGGCUGGUGUGAGCGUGGCAUAUAUAUGCACGCAAGUGAAAGCCGCGGUAGAUGAGGAACAGAGCAAAGCGCUGUGGGUUCCUAGAGGGGGUCCCUGACACAAAAGGGGGGGUCCCCACAAGCCGCAGUGGAAGUCAAUCUAAAUUCCACCAGGGGGCCCUUACGUCGUGCUCAUAUGCAAAAAGAUUUGCUACGCAAAAUCAAUUAUAUUAUUUAUGGUCUCUUGAUUUUCCGGAGGAGAACGCGACGCAGUCAAGAAAUCCUCCGCUUUACGAAGAACUUUUAAUUGUGCUAAUCGCUCAAUUUGGUUGUGAUAAUACGAGUUUCUACAACCCAUUUUGCUUUAACGCAUUUAGCUCGUUAAAUUAUCGCAGUAUGAAACAGUAGGUUGCGGAUAAGUUUGGCAGUACGAGGGAAAAUUUUAGACAAAAGAUUAUUUAUGCAGUAACUCCCCUAUCACUGCAUGGGACUGCUCAAUUUGUGUUUACGCUCAAGCAUGCGAGAUUAAGCUCGCCAUCACGUGUUUUAUCCAUGAUAUGAAGAUGAAAUUAAUGUGGAUGAAAAUACAUGGAAAAAAUAUAGGAGAAAUACUAGGAAUGAUUAGAGAAUACCAAAGUUAUAUCUGAGGCAAACUUAUCCGGAUUAUAUUGUAUAGGAGAAGUUUUUCACGACUACAAUAUUAACUCAAUUAUUAAGCGGAUAUGCAGGGUGCAUUCACUUCUCACGUAUCGACAUAAAACAUAACUGUCCUUGGAUCAAGAAUAAAUCGCGAAAUAUUACUUGCGUAAUAGAAAGAGAAGGAUAUAUAUGGUAUUGUAAUUAUAUCUAGAUUUAUCAUUACUUUUGCAGGCGAAAGUAACGAGAGAUGAGACGAAAAUUAUUAGAGGUAGGAACGUUUAUGCGCGAGAAGCACAAUACAUAACUGGAAAUAUUUGUGAGCAAACUUAGGAUUUUUUUUCGACAAUUUUUAGAUAUCUAUUGUGUUGUUUGAGAAAUUUUUUCGGUAAUAUUUUCUAAGAAACAACCAUCUUCUGAAACAAUACAAUACAAAUGUUUGAUAAGACUUUUAGAUUUUAUCCCAGUAACACAGAAUCCCAGUGUGCAUAUAUUUCUGUCUUCAUCCCUUUGAUUUUGUAAGCAGAAGAAAGUCGAGAAAUUAACUUUUUGUGCGUAUCCGUUUUAAUCAUAAAUGAAUGAUUUAAUCAUCGCAAAUUAUAGAGGAGAAGGAAAGAAAUAUGGUCGAUUAACGCUGGAGUGUACUUUUUGCAAAAAUACUACGCUCCAAUUAACUUGGUACGAUGGGGGAGGAGAAGCUAUGGGGUUCGUGCUAUAUAAAGUAUCAUCACGUUAUUGGUAAUUAAUAACAGUGAUCGGUAAUCCGAGAAACAAUGAUAACGAUAAGAGUAAAACAUCGCUGCCGUGCGGAAUCUCGAUAACGAGAUGACAUAUUUUUUUUUUGCCAACCUUGUUACUAAAUAGAUAAAGGAAUGUAAUAAAAUUUUGAACAACUGCUCAUACAUAUCGUCGAAGUUACGACGAGUUCAUCGUUCCUGCUAAUGUUUAUAAAUUAUUAUCCAAUGUUCUUGACGCAUGUUUCACAGAUAUAUGAUAGCACAGUUGAUAGCAACAUAUAUAUCUACAGUUAUGAGAUUUUAUAUUAAAACUAAUCGAUAUAAACGCGAAUUAUUAUUCAUUAGAAUUCGACAUUAUUAUUAUAAUGAUAUAAAAAAAAAUUUCGCUUUUUUAUGGUAAAUGCCAAAUUAAAAAAAAAAAUAUUGCGCCUUUUUCUGAAAGCGAACAUAUAGAUUAUAUAAAGGAUGAUGAUAAAAUAUGGAGCAUUUCUAUAAUUCAUAUGCAAGCAUGUUAUUAAAAGUUUUUGCUUUAUAAUAAGUGAUCUGUUUAGGUACAAACUGUAUUCAAAAAGGAAAUGCAAAUUAUAAGUUUUAAUUAUUUAAUUUUGAUAAAUUAAUAUCACAUAUGUGCAAUAUAAUUAAAAAAUAUUUUUGCAUCGGUAUUAAAGAGUUUUCAAAAAGUGCUUUUCCUAUUAUCCAAUUAAUUAAUACAUUUUUAAGAUUGAUAAUAUAUUAAAAUUAAUAUAUACGUUAUUGGGGAAGAUUAAAUUAAUAAAGAUAUAUACACACUAUAUGUCAUGUCAAUGUACAACAAAAUAUUCUUAUAUGGAUCUCAAAUGGAAUAAUGACAUGCCAACCAAUACUAAAAUUUACAUAUAUAUAUAUAUAUAUAUAUACACACACAUGUG